AUGAGGUUAUCACCAGAAACUGUUAACAGGUUGCAGAGCGAAACCUCAAAUGUCAGAAACAUUUGUAUAUUGGCUCAUGUUGACCAUGGGAAAACUUCGUUGAGUGACUCGCUUUUAGCCACCAAUGGGAUUAUAUCCCAAAGAAUGGCUGGGAAAAUUAGAUACUUGGAUUCUAGAGAAGAUGAACAACUACGAGGAAUCACUAUGGAAUCUUCUGCUAUAUCACUUUAUUUCAAAGUGAUGAGACGUAAAAACGAUUCUGAAGAAUCUGAAACAAAGGAACAUUUAAUUAAUUUAAUUGAUUCUCCAGGGCAUAUUGAUUUUUCUGCAGAGGUUUCUACUGCUUCAAGACUUUGUGACGGUGCUGUGGUGUUGGUUGAUGUUGUUGAAGGUGUUUGCUCUCAAACUAUCAAUGUCUUAAGACAAUGUUGGAUUGAUAAAUUAAAACCUUUAUUAGUCAUUAAUAAAAUUGAUCGUUUGAUUACAGAAUGGAAAUUAUCGCCUUUAGAGGCAUAUCAGCAUAUUUCAAAAGUUAUAGAACAAGUCAAUUCGAUCAUCGGAUCAUUUUUCGCUGGAGAAAGAAUGGAAGAUGAUAUGAUUUGGAGAGAAAGUGGAACAACUGAAGAGUUUAUUGAAAAAUCAGAUAAAGAUCUUUAUUUCACUCCUGAACUGAAUAAUGUUAUUUUUGCUUCUGCUGUGGAUGGCUGGGCUUUUUCAAUUAAUACUUUUGCUAAAAUAUAUCUGGCUAAACUUGGAUUCUCUCACGCGGUAUUAUCAAAGACUUUAUGGGGGGAUUUUUAUUUAGAUAUGAAGAAUAAGAAAAUAAUUCCUGGUAAAAAACUAAAAUCAAAUCAAAAAUCUUUAAAACCUUUAUUCGUUGGUUUGAUCUUAGAUCAAAUUUGGUCCAUAUAUGAAAAUUGUAUUAUAAACAGAGAUCAAGAAAAAUUAGAAAAUAUUAUUGCAAAAUUGGGUGCUAAAGUUGGCCCAAGAGAUUUACGUUCUAAAGAUUAUAAAAGUUGCUUGAAUAUAAUCAUGUCUCAAUGGAUCCCUAUAAGUCAUGCUCUAUUAGGUGCUGUAAUUGAAUAUUUACCAAGUCCCAUAGACGCCCAAAAGGAAAGAAUUGAGAAAAUCUUGAAUGAAUGUCUUUACAGUGCUGUAAGCGAUUCGAAAGAUAAAGUCUUGGAUUCUGAUUUCCAUAAAUCAAUGAUCUCUUGUGAUAGUGAUAAACCAAAUCACACAAUUGCAUACGUAUCUAAAAUGCUAUCAAUCCCUCCAGAAGAUCUACCUAAAGAUAUAGAAGGGGCUGCCUUAACUGCUGAUGAGCUCCGGGAAAGAAGCCAAAAGGCUAGAGAAUUGGCUAAAAAGGCUUCAGAAGCUGCUGCUUCUGCCGCUGAGUCAAAAACCGAUGACGAUGAUUUUGUACUCCCGGAAAUUAAAAAAGAUCCUUUUGAAUGGGAAGUGGAUGAAGAUGCAUUCGAAGAAGAUGAAGAGGAAGAGGAAGAAGAAACAACACCCGAAGUGCUCGUGGCUUUCACUCGUAUCUAUUCGGGAUCUUUAUCCAAAGGUCAAAAAAUAACGGUCGUUGGUCCAAAAUAUAAUCCUUCCAAUCCAAAUGAUGACCCUAUUAAUGAAUCCCAAAUAACCAGAGAAGUUGAAAUAAGAGAUUUAUUCUUGAUCAUGGGUAAAGAAUUUGUUAAAGUUGAUCGCGUCCCUGCGGGAAAUAUUGUUGGUGUAGUUGGACUAGAUAACGUGGUUUUGAAAAAUGCUACACUUAUGUCUGAAGUUCCAGAACAGAAGCCUUACAUUAAUCUUGCAUCGACCUCAACAUUGAUUCAUAACAAGCCAAUCAUGAGAAUUGCAGUUGAACCAAUGAAUCCAUUGAAGUUAGGAAAACUUGAAAGAGGUUUGGAUUUAUUGGCCAAAGCUGAUCCAGUAUUGGAAUGGUAUGUAGAUGAUGAUUCCGGUGAGCUUAUUAUGUGUGUUGCUGGUGAAUUACAUUUGGAAAGAUGUUUAAAGGACUUAGAAACAAGAUUUGCCACAGAUUGUGAAGUCACUGUCAAGGAACCAGUUAUUCCUUUCAGAGAAGGUUUAGCGGGAGCCAAUUCAGAAAACAACGCUGCUGUUUUUGAUGAUGAUGAUGAACCGGAACUUGAAGGAGUUGAUUUAGAUAUUGAAGUGUUAUCGUUACCUGAAUCCGUUACUAAACUUUUGGUUAAUCUGGAGCAAGAAGUUUCGGAAUUAAUUAAUUUUGGUUUAACAAAUUCUAACAAAGAUGCAGUUGAUCAUUCCUCACCUUUUAAAAAGAAAUUAAUCGAAGCUUUUGAAGGGUUUGACUCAAAUUUUGAUAGUAUUGAACAACUAGUUGAAAGCAUUAUUUGCUUUGGUCCUAAAAGAAUCGGUCCUAAUGUUUUCAUUGAAGGACCUUCAAAUAAUGACAAAUUCAGACAUAUUUUUAAAACAAGUGAUAAGGAUCGAUACGAAUACGAAACAAACAUUUUGAAUGGGUUUCAAUUGGCUUCUCGUGAGGGACCCUUGACUUCUGAACCAUUACAAGGUGUUUUAGUCAUAAUAAAUAAAACCAAUAUUCUGGAUGAUGCUGCAGAUAACACCUUGAACUUACCAGGUCGUAUACUUACCCACACAAGGGACAUCAUUCAUCAACAAUUUUUACUUAAUGGUCCUCGAUUAUUUUUGGCAAUGUACACCUGUGAUAUUCAAGCAUCUGCUGAAGUAUUGGGUAAAGUUUACGCAGUAGUUCAAAGAAGAGGUGGGGACAUUAUUUCUGAAGAAAUGAAAGAAGGAACACCAUUUUUCACUAUUCAAGCUAGACUCCCAGUUGUUGAAGCUUUUGGUUUCUCUGAAGAUAUAAGAAAAAAGACUUCAGGAGCUGCCAGUCCCCAAUUGGUUUUCGAUGGCUUUGAUAUGCUUGACAUCGAUCCAUUCUGGGUUCCACAUACCGAAGAAGACUUAGAAGAAUUAGGUGAGUUUGCAGAAAGAGAAAAUGUCGCUAGAAGGUAUAUGAAUACUGUCAGAAGACGUAAAGGUCUAUUCGUCGACGAAAAAGUUAUUAAGAAUGCAGAAAAGCAGAGAACCUUGAAGAAGGAUUAA